AAAAAAUAUCAUCAAAGAUCAGAGCAAGCCCGAGGACAGCAACAAAUUACACCCCAAACUCGAGGUAGUCUUCUUCGCCGGUCUCUCGGACGGAUUUCAGUCACAUAUCUCGACAUCCGAUAAUUCACCGACACACAAGACAUACACAACCAAACAGCUCAAUGGACGAGCCAAUGGCGGACGCUCCUGGAGCGCAGGUCAAGGUGACCUUCACGACCACCGAAGCCGAUCUCCAGCUUCCCGAGAGCAAGCGACAGCUCCUCGUACCCGCCGAUAUUCGCCGCUAUGGCUUGUCCCGGAUUCUCAACUCCGAGUCGAUGCUCGACACGGGCUCAAUCCCCUUCGACUUCCUCGUCAAUGGGAGCUUCUUGCGCACCAGUCUCGAAGACUAUCUCACCAGCAACGGCCUGUCGCUCGAAACCAACCUCACACUACAAUAUGUUCGCAGCCUAAUACCGCCCGUUUACGAAGCGAGCUUUGAACACGACGACUGGGUCAGCGCCGUCGAUGUACUCUCUGAGUCCUCGCCAUCCGGCCGCUGGUCCGGCGACAGCUUUCAGCGCGGUCAAGACAGGAUCCUCUCGGCCUCGUAUGACGGCUUGCUGAGGAUAUGGAACGCCUCCGGGCAGGUGGUCACCACCUCUCCGCCCGGCAGCCACGGCGGGCACACGGCCAGCAUAAAAGCAGCCAGGUUCCUCACCGAUUCCCAACUCGCCUCCGCCGGCAUGGACCGGACGGUGCGGGUAUGGAAGUACACCGAGACGGACCAGUUCUCGGGCGAGCUCAAGCCGACGCUCGAGCUCUACGGCCACAAGGGCUCCGUCGACUCCCUCGAGGUCGACGGAGCGUCCAAGCGCAUCCUGACCGCCUCGGCCGACGGUUCGAUCGGCUUCUGGAGCGCAUCCAAGGCCUCCGCCCCGGAAGCCGACGCCUCGCUCCUCCCGGGCGCGCACGCCUCCAAGCGCCGCAAGGUCACCAGCUCCGUCAGCGCCGCCCAGCGCGGGCCGCUGUCCCUGAUGCAGAUCCACUCGGCCCCGGCCAGCGCCGCCGUCUUCGACCCGCGCGACCGCAUUGUCGCCUACUCGGUCUCGCAGGACCACACCGUGCGCACCAUCGACCUGACCACCAGCAACGUCGUCAGCACCCUCACCACCACCCACCCACUACUCUCCCUCUGCGCCCUCUCCCGCGCCGGCUCCGCCUCCCCCUUGCUCGCCGCCGGCACCGCGGCGCGGCACGUCACGCUCGUGGACCCGCGCGUCAGCACGUCGACGACGUCCGUCAUGACGCUGCGCGGGCACACCAACAAGGUCGUCUCGCUCUGCCCGUCGCCGCAGAACGACUACUCGCUCGUGUCGGGCGCCCACGACGGCACCUGCCGCAUCUGGGACCUGCGCAGCGUCCGGCCCGCCACCAAGGACGAGGGCGGCAUGGGCAGCGUCAGCGAGCCCGUCUACGUCAUCGAGCGCGAGAGCGUCAAGCAGAGCGGAAGGAAGAAGCCGGUCGCUGGGGAGGGCUGCAAGGUGUUUGGCGUGGUCUGGGACGCGUCCCUGGGCAUCUUCAGUGCCGGGGAGGACAAGAGGGUGCAGGUGAAUUCGGGCAAGCAUUUGGUCGCCCAGUAGAGUAGAAUGCAGGGGGGUUGGGGGUGUAGAAGCGGGGUCCGGAGGGCGUCCGUAGAUGGAUAGAUGAGAAAGGGGGGAGGUUUAUAUAUUGUUUAUUUAUACCCGGCCAGACAGUAUGUAGGAGUGAAUGGCUACACUC